AUGGAACGACGCAGCUUUAAUGACGUCCCUACUAUGCCAAACUGUCGAAAUGGAAUUCCAGGCCAGACAAAAGUGGCUUUCAUUACGAAUCUCGUGGAAAACGGUGCUGUAAAUGGAAAUAGUAUCGUUUUUUCAUUUCCAAAUGGUACGGCGAUUGGUAUAUGGGUAGGGCAAAUUCCUGUAUGGGCGCGUCAUCAGACGGGAGUCCCUGAUAUCUGUCAUUCAGUUACUAGAAUCACCAAGAUAGGUGCAACUCGUCCAGUUGAUAUUGAAGAUUUCAGUGAUAUUCUUCUCAGAUAA